CUGAGUGCAGCGGUCUGCGCCUGUAUCAACUGGACUGCACGCGGUAGACAGGAAUGGAACGAUUUCUUGGCUUUGUAAAGCAGAUACAGAGGUCCAGGAGACGCAAGGGCAAAAAGUACCGUCCAGAGGAGGAUUAUCACGAAGGCUAUGAGGAUGUUUACUACUAUGCUUCAGAGCACCUGCAACAUGAGGGGCCCUACACUAAACAUUCCAAUCCAUCCAGGCCACCAGAUGGCACCCUGGCCAUUAGGAGACAGAGUAUUCCAGAUGAGUUUAAGGGAACGAGUACUGUGGAGCUGAUCAAGAAGGAAGGCACUACCCUGGGUCUGACCGUAUCCGGAGGCAUCGACAAAGAUGGCAAGCCCCGCGUCUCCAACUUGCGCCAGGGCGGAAUUGCUGCCAGGAGUGACCAGCUGAACGUUGGGGACUAUAUAAAGUCUGUGAACGGGAUCAACUUGACCAAGUUUCGUCAUGAUGAGAUCAUCAGUCUUUUGAAGAAUGUGGGUGAGAGGGUCAUACUGGAGGUGGAGUACGAGCUGCCACCUGUCUCUGUCCAGGGCUCAGGAGUCAUGUUCAAAAACGUGGAGGUGACGUUACACAAAGAAGGCAAUACAUUCGGUUUCGUCAUCAGAGGAGGUGCCCACGAAGACAGGAACAAAUCUCGCCCUGUUACCAUAACAACCAUCAGACCUGGCGGUCCGGCUGACAGGGAAGGGACUGUCAAACCUGGUGACAGGCUGCUCAGCAUCGAUGGAAUCCGUCUGCAUGGAACAUCUCACGCAGAGGCCAUGAGCAUUCUCAAACAGUGUGGCCAGGAAGCCACCCUUCUCAUUGAGUACGAUGUGUCAGUCAUGGAUUCCAUAGCCACAGCUUCAGGCCCGCUGCUGGUGGAAGUGGCCAAGUCGAUGGGCUCCAGUUUAGGUCUGGCUCUCUCUACCUCCAUGUACUGCAACAAGCAGGUCAUCAUCAUCGACAAGGUCAAACCAGCCAGCAUCGCCGAUAGGUGUGGUGCGCUGCAUGCGGGUGAUCACAUCCUGUCGGUGGAUGGCACAAGUAUGGAGUAUUGCACACUGGCCGAAGCCACCCAACUGCUAGCUAGUGCUUCAGAACAUGUCAAAAUGGAAAUUUUGCCCAACCACCAGACAAGACUGGCUCUUAAAGGCCCUGAACAUGUCAAGGUGCAGAGGAGUAACCGGCCAUUGCCAUGGGAAUCCGGAACUAACAACAACAGCAACUUCCUUCCCUACCAACACUAUAACACCUACCACCCCGACCAGUCCCGCAGCCAGACCAAACAGAAAACCUCUCCAAACAACCCCCCUCUGGGUUCAUCAUUCUCUCCCACCUCCAUGAGUGCCUACAGUCUGAGCUCACUCAACAUGAACACACUGCCGCGCACCAUGUAUCCCACUAGCCCCCGAGGCACCAUGAUGAGACGUAAACUGAAGAAGAAAGACUACAAGAGCUCAAUGUCUCUGGCUUCCAGCACUGUAGGACUGGCCGGUCAGGUGGUCCACACAGAAACAACAGAGGUGACCCUCAUCAGCGACUCCAUUAUGGGUUUUGGAAUCCAGCUCCAAGGAGGUGUCUUUGCCACAGAAACCCUGUCCUCACCCCCACUCAUCGCUUACAUAGACCCUGACAGCCCAGCAGAGCGGUGUGGCAUCCUGCAGAUCGGUGACCGGAUCCUGUCAAUAAACGGAAUCCCUACAGAGGACAGCACACUGGAGGAGACCAAUCAGCUGCUGAAGGACUCCAGCAUCACCAGCAAAGUCACACUGGAGAUUGAGUUUGACGUAGCAGAGUCGGUCAUCCCAAGCAGUGGAACCUUCCAUGUGAAGCUACCGAAGAAGCCAGGUGUGGAGCUGGGCAUCACCAUCAGCUCUCCUUCUAGUCGGAAGGCCGGAGAUGCACUCAUCAUCUCUGACAUUAAGAAAGGAAGUGUGGCGCACAGGACGGGCACCCUGGAGCUUGGGGAUAAGCUUCUGGCAAUAGACAACAUCCGCCUGGACAAUUGCUCCAUGGAGGACGCUGUUCAAAUCCUGCAGCAGUGCGAAGACUUGGUCAAACUCAAGAUUCGCAAGGACGAGGACAACUCAGGUAUCCUACGUGAUGGCAGUGUUGAUAGGGACGCCCGUGUGCUGUUGGCCUGUGUUGCAGACGAGCAGGAGAGCUGCGGUGCCAUCAUUUACACGGUGGAGUUGAAACGGUACGGCGGCCCGUUAGGCAUCACCAUCUCAGGCACCGAGGAGCCCUUCGAUCCCAUCAUCAUCUCCAGCCUCACUAGAGGAGGCCUGGCUGAGAGAACGGGUGCCAUCCACAUUGGCGAUCGCAUCCUGGCCAUUAACAGCAACAGUUUGAAGGGCAAACCUCUCAGUGAGGCCAUUCACCUGCUGCAGAUGGCAGGGGAGUCUGUCACACUGAAGAUCAAGAAGCAGGGAGAAUUGGCAAGCCCACUGCAGCCCUCAGUAAUGGGUCGUUUGAAUGAUCUGAACGACCUGGAGGAUGAAAGUCAAGCAGGACAGAAACCCAGCAAACUCUCUGACAUCUAUUCCACCACCAUUCCCAGUGUAGACAGUGCAGUGGAAUCUUGGGAUGGCUCUGCCAUUGACGCUACUUUCAGCACCCAGGCUUCCACAGGUUUCCAGGCAUCAGGCUACAGCUUCCACAGCCAUGAAUGGCAGAACGCAAAGCCCAGCCAGGGCAGCCUCUCCCCGGUCAACAGCAGCCGGCAGAGGAACAACAUCCUGCCAGACUUCGGACUCGGUGUGGAUGACUGGGACAGGCCUAGUGCUAGCGGAGUGUCCACGCUGCCUACCGGUUUAAUCUCAGACAGCAGGUUCACUGUGGGACACGACGGAACGGAGCCAGACCAGGAAGAGAACUUCUGGUCCCAAGCACUGGAAGACUUGGAGACGUGUGGUCAGUCUGGAAUCCUGCGAGAACUUGAGGCGACCAUCAUGUCAGGAAGCUCUAUGAGUCUAAACCAUGACCCUGUGCCCACCCGAAGCCAUCUGGGCCGUCAGGCCAGUUUUCAGGAACGUGGCAGCAACAAGUUGCAAUACACACAGACCAACCGCAGUAACACGCUGCCCACUGACGUUGGCAGAAAAGCUGUCGCCAUGAGGAGAGUAAAGCAGGAGAUCAAGGAUAUUAUGUCGCCCACCCCAGUUGAGCUUCAUAAGGUGUGUCUCUUGAAGGACUCUGACAUUGAGAACUUUGGAUUUAGUGUUUCUGAUGGCGUCCUGGAGAAAGGGGUUUAUGUUAACAAUAUUCGUCCGGGAGGGCCUGCUGAAAUUGGAGGCCUGAAGCCGUACGACAGACUGCUACAGAUAAACCACGUCCGUACCAGAGACUUUGACUGCUGCUUAGUGGUACCUCUAAUAGCGGAAUCCGAGAACAAACUGGAUCUAGUCAUAAGCCGAAACCCAGUUUCCUCCCAGCCUUCAGAAAUGAACCAAUUAUCCAAUGAAGAGCCAGUGAACUGGACUGAUCCCGGAGACACACUCAAUCCGCCCGCCGCAGGGCUGGAACAGGGCCAGCACAACUCUACAUUAGAAGGACUGGAGGACACAGACCCCAACAAGACUUUAUAGCAGAACCUCCCUGGUACCUGCAAUGAAGUGCUCCUCAUGGUGCUAAAGUGAACCCUCCCUGAACAGCUCACUCUGCUGGUGGAAAAAAGAGGGGCUUGUUCUCAUAUAGCACACACCUAGACCUUUUUCCUGAGAGCAUGAGCCACCGUGACAAGAGGUCUUUUCCUGGUGUGCUGAGUGUGUUUUACCCUGUGAAAAUGGUGAUAAUUACGGAGAAGACCACACUGACCUCUUGGGAAACCAAAACUAAAAAAAAAGGAAAAACAACCAUGACGACUACUGAAACAGUGCCAUCCCUAACAUUUUUUGCCAAUAAACAAGAAUAAUUUGAAGAAGGAUACAAAAAACAAACUAAGAUGCAUAAAAGCAACAUUUUGAGAAUUUUAACGAUGAUAUUGGACUGGCCAAUGAUUGUCAGUGUUUGUGCGAGUUUGUAUGUGUGCGCGAGUGUGUGAAGACUUUGUCGCAAGCCUGCAGUGCAGUCCACAAAGUCUGUCAAACGUCCAACAUCCUUAAUGCAGCCGUCAACCCCUUCUAUUUUGUGAUACUGCAACACAAGUGUGUGUAUAGUGUGUGUCUGUGUAUUUCCUCCUGAUAUCUGAUGCCAAGGUCAGAGUGUACCCCCUUUUUCUCUCAAAAGGAGGGGACGACAGCUGAUUGGUAGAAAAAAAAAAUCAGCAUAAUGAAUUUGGUAAACAUUUUUCAGUCAUAAAAUGAAUGUGGGUUAUAGCGCAAAUGCAUGAGACCUUAUAUGAACUAUUUUGUCCAAAUACAAGAGCUUGGCUACAUCCACUUACGAAAAGAAAACACACACGCCAUAUUUCGGUUCUCUGUCCGGUAUGUUGUUUUUCACUGUAGCUGACCUGAUGUCUCGUAUAAAUAGGAAAUCCAAUGUCACGUUGAUGAGAGGGUGGCACAAAGGCACCUUAUGUUAAAAUUGGACAGAUGUCUAUUUUUAUGAAUAGAAAACCAUGAUUUAUAAGGGAUGUUUGUAUUUGAAUGAUGGUUAGUGAACAUGAGGGUUGCUGUGGGCCCUGUUGAGCAUGUACGGGAGCAUAUUGAUGGCAUAUAGAAGGUCAUUUGGUAAAACAAAUGUACUUUAUAAACUCUCCAGAUUAUUGUGAAAAUCCAUCACUGGCCCAAAGGAUAGAACAGCUUUUUAUUCCAUUUAGGUCAAUAUCAACCUCUUCACAGAAAAUGACAGCUGUUGAAGUAGGAAGUUGCAUAUGAACAGUUUACACUCAGUUAGCAUCUAUGAUGAAUGAGAUUAUUAGAAUACCGAACAAAAAUAAUAUGGAAUUGUUGGAAUGGGCUUUAGAUUUCACACUCCCAAAAAAAAUAUUUAAACCUAUUUUUAAGAUUUAUGCAUUUCAAUUUCACAAAAUUCCAUCACAUUAAAUUUCAUGAUCUUUAACUAAAUUGAAUUAAGAAAAUGUAAAAUAUUUUUAUUUUAUUUUAUUAAAAAUCUUGCAAUUCAAUUCGAAGGAAAUUUGUUAUGAAAUUGAAAUGUGUUCAUAUUAAACAAAAAACAAAACAAAAAAAUUGAGUGAAGUUUGAAUCAAAUUUGCAGUCCCUUACAAAAAAUUACCAUGGUAACCAUUGUUUCUGGCAAAAUUAAGAUACUUUUUCAUUUUACUCUAUUGAAAAGUCAUAAUAAAUGAAUAUAAAAUCUCUAUAGUAUAAGAAUCUUUCACAAUGUUUCUGCCAUUUAAUUUUUUUAUGACACUGAUGGCUUAUGCCAAGUUAACUGUUUUAUUGUAGCAAAAUUAACUGUAACUGGAGGAAACUGGUUACCGUGGUACAUCUAUGAUGACAAAAUUAUUUAAAAAAUGCAAGCAGGGGGUAAAUCUCCAUAAGAAUCCAGUAAAAAAAAAGUUGUUUGUAUCCCCCCCUUUGUUUAAAUAGUUAUAAAUCAUUAUGGUAAUUUGUAUAUGGUACUGUUAUGGUUUUGAUUUUUUUUUUUUUUUUUUUUUUUUUUGGACUGCGUAAGCCCAAAGGGCAGCAAACUGUUUGUAAAGAGAGAGAAAAAGUGUCAAAUAAUGAGAGAAUGGAGUUGUCAGUUCUACUAUGUAUGGUAGACCACUAAACAUACUUCACAUUUGUAGCUCUGCUUGAAAAAAAAAGAAGAAAACAUGUUAGUAAAGAAAAAAAAAUAUCAUUGGCAAGCUGCUAAUGGCAAUGAAAA